CGUAUGAACAAUAACAAUUGAUGUCUCUGGUUGUCAAAUGGCUUCAGAUACAUCUAAGCUGGCAGAUGUCAUUUAUUCAAAUCGAUGACAGUGAAGGAAGGAGACAAGGUGCAGAGACAGAUCGCCAGCAGCAGCGAAUACCUUAGAUGGAGCCGGAAGACAUGACAAUAUUUACAAAUGAAUGACUCUGACAGAAUAAACUAAACAGAACCGCUGGAAUGGCCUUCAGUAAAGGAUAUCGGAUAUAUCAUAAACUGGACCCUCCUUACAGCGUGAUGGUGGAGACCAGAAAUAAAGAGGAAUGCUUGAUGUUUGAAUCUGGAGCAGUGGCUGUUCUCUCUACAGCAGAGAAGGAGGCUAUUAAAAACGCAUACUCAAAAAUGCUGGACGCUUACGGGAUCCUGGGAGUUUUAAGACUUAAUCUAGGAGACACAAUGAUACACUGUCUAGUACUGGUUACAGGGUGCAUGUCUGUAGGAAAGCUCCAAGACUCAGAAGUGUUUCGGGUCACUUCUACUGACUUUGUCUCUCUAAGAAACGAUCCUUCAGACGAAGAUCGAAUCUCUGACGUCCGUAAGGUUUUGAAUUCUGGAAACUUCUACUUUGCAUGGUCUUCUUCUGGAGUCAGUCUGGAUCUAAGCCUUAACGCUCAUCGCAGGAUCAAGGAAGACACCACUGACAACAGAUUUUUUUGGACCCAGUCCCUGCACUUGCAUCUGAAGCACUAUGGGGUGAAGUGCGAUGACUGGUUGCUGCGCCUCAUGUGUGGGGGAGUGGAGGUCAGAACAAUCUAUGCAGGGCACAAACAGGCCAAAGCCUGUGUGAUCUCCCGUCUGAGCUGUGAAAGAGCGGGGACCAGGUUUAAUGUGCGUGGGACCAAUGAUGAUGGCCAGGUUGCUAAUUUCGUAGAAACAGAGCAGGUGAUUUUCCUGGAUGACUGCGUGUCCUCUUUCAUACAAGUCCGUGGGUCAGUUCCGUUGUUCUGGGAACAACCAGGUAUUCAGGUUGGAUCACAUCGUGUGAGAAUGUCCAGGGGAUUUGAAGCAAAUGCACCAGCUUUCGACAGGCAUUUUAGCACUCUUGGAAGACUGUAUGGCAAACAAGUAAUCAUUAACCUUCUUGGAGCUAAAGAAGGAGAAAACAUGCUUAGUAAAGCUUUCAUGAGUCAUUUGAAGGCCUCUGAACAUGUUACUUCAGUCAAAAUGGUUAACUUUGACUAUCAUCAAAUGGUUAAGGGUGGGAAGGCAGAAAAACUUAACAGUGUGCUCAGACCCCAGAUUCUGAAAUUCUUAGAUGAGUGCAGUUUCUUUUACCUCGGGGAAAAUGGCAUUGAGAGGUGUCAGUCUGGUACUGUAAGAGUGAAUUGCCUUGACUGCCUGGAUAGAACCAACAGUGUCCAGGCUUAUAUUGGACUUGAGAUGCUGUUGAAGCAGCUGGAGGUCAUGGGCUUGACUGAGAAACCACAGCUGGUCACUCGCUUUCAAGAAGUUUUCCGUUCCAUGUGGUCAAUGAAUGGAGACUCAAUAAGUAAAAUCUAUGCUGGCACAGGAGCCCUUGAAGGGAAAGCUAAGGGGAAGCUGAAGGAUGGGGCGCGUUCUGUCACAAGAACUAUUCAGAACAAUUUCUUUGACAGCUCCAAACAGGAAGCGAUUGACAUCUUGCGACUGGGCAGCACUUUAAACAGUGACUUGGCAGAUAAAGCCCGUGCUUUGCUGACCUCUGGCAGCCUUCAUGUAUCAGAACUUACCUUGCAAUCAGCAUCACCAAGAGUACUCCGUGGUAUGUGCCAGAAUUAUAAUAAGUACACAAAGCCCAAGCGCAUCCGGGUCUGUGUAGGCACGUGGAACGUGAAUGGAGGGAAGCAGUUCCGAAGCAUUGCUUUUAGGAACCAGACCCUCACUGACUGGUUACUGGAUGCACCAAAAAUAGCAGGCAUUCCGGAUUUUCAAGAUGCACAAAAAGAGCCCAUUGACAUAUUUGCUAUUGGUUUUGAAGAAAUGGUGGAGCUGAAUGCAGGCAAUAUUGUCAAUGCAAGCACUACCAACCAGAAGCUCUGGGCAGCCGAACUGCAGAAGACUAUUUCCAGGGACAACAAGUAUGUGCUGCUGGCCUCCGAGCAGCUUGUGGGUGUUUGUCUGUUUGUCUUUAUCAGACCCCAGCACGCUCCAUAUAUCAGGGACGUUGCAGUAGAUACUGUAAAGACAGGUAUGGGAGGAGCCACUGGCAAUAAGGGAGCUGUGGCUAUCCGCAUGUUGUUCCAUUCAACCAGCAUCUGCUUUCUGUGUUCACACUUUGCUGCUGGACAGUCUCAGGUCAAAGAGAGGAAUGAGGAUUACAACGAAAUUUCACGGAAGCUGAGCUUUCCAAUGGGGAGGCUGCUGUAUUCCCACGAUUAUAUAUUUUGGUGUGGGGAUUUUAAUUAUCGUAUCGACCUUCCGAAUGAAGAGGUGAAGGAGCUCAUCCGCCAGCAGAACUGGGAUGCUCUUACUACAGGAGACCAACUGGUUAAUCAAAAGAAUGCUGGGCAGAUUUUUAAAGGAUUUCUGGAAGGCAAAAUAGAUUUCCCCCCGACAUACAAAUAUGACCUUUUCUCUGAUGACUACGACACAAGUGAAAAGUGCCGAACUCCUGCCUGGACAGACCGCAUUCUUUGGAAAAGAAGAAAAUGGCCUUUUGAUAAAUCUGCUGAGGACUUGAAUCUACUGAAUGCAAGUUUUGAUGAAGAAGACAAGUUAAGCUAUACAUGGACACCUGGAAGCCUGUUAUAUUAUGGAAGAGCAGAAUUAAAAACAUCUGAUCACAGGCCAGUGGUUGCAGUUAUAGAUGUAGAUGUCCUUGAAGUUGACCCGGAGGCUCGUCAGAGAGUAUACAAAGAGGUCUUUGCAGUGCAGGGACCACCAGAUGGCACCGUGUUGGUUUCACUGAGCUGUUCUACCCCUGAAGAGGUUUACUUCGAUGAUAAUUUAAUUGACCAUCUCCUUCAACAGUUUGCUGCAUAUGGUGAAGUAAUACUUAUAAGGUUUGUAGAUGAAAAAAUGUGGUUGACAUUUUUAGAAGGCAGUUCUGCACUAGAAGCACUAAGCUUAAGUGGAACCAAAGUACUUGGGAGAACCAUCAACAUUACCUUGAAAAGCCCUGACUGGACUACCAGUUUAGAAGAAGAGAUGCACCUGGAGAGAAUUUCUGUAGGAGUACCGCCCUCGGCAAGCUCCACUCUCCUCGGAGAAGAUGCAGAGGUUGCUGCAGACUAUGACAUGGAGGGAGACGUGGAUGACUACAACGUUGAAGAAGAAGAGAUUCUUCCUCAGCACCUGCAGCCAGGCUCGAGUGCAGGCCCUGGUGCCUCACCGGGUUCUUCCCCACGGACCAGCCCUUGCCCCUCCCCUACAAUGCCAGACAUGGCUCCACCCAGCCUCCCUAUCAGACCAAGUCGUGCCCCUCCUCGGACUGCUGGUCGACUUGAAGGGUCCCCAGUGGAAUUUCAGCGAGAAUCAUCUCAAGGACUUGAGCCCAAACGUCCUCCUCCCCCACGCCCUACCGCUCCACCUGCACGCCCCGCGCCCCCCCAGAGACCGCCUCCUCCAUCAGGAGCUAGGAGUCCUGCAGCACCUAGAAAAGAAUUUGGAGGUUUGGGAGCGCCACCCAGUCCUGGAUUAGCUAGAGCACCCAAAAGCCCAGGAUUAGUAAGAAAGGAUGUUGGAGUUCGAAGUCAAACACUUCCACUAGCUGGACAAGGAGCCGGUGGAGCACUAAAACCAACUCUGCCUCCUCGCGCCGGUGUUAUUAGCUUACCACCACAUCCCAGACCACAUGGGCUCAGACUGACACCAGAAAUCCAAAGCAAACCUGCAGAUCUUCCAUUAGGACCUCCUCUGCUACCUGAACCAAUGAAGCCUCAAAUGGCUUCUCCUCUGCAACCCAUGCAACCCCCAUCUUCUUCAAGAACCCUCCCAGAGCCCAUGGUACCUGUGAUGUCCCACCCUGCAGCUCAGGGGGCCCCAGCGCAGAUCUUAGAGCCCCCCCCAAUGGCUCCUCCUCGCAGCAGGUCCACCCAUGCCAUCCCAGAGCCUGGCUCUGUAUCAGAUGCAAUGACCAAUGGAGUAAAUGGCAUCAAAAACGAAGCACAAUCAAAAAUUGACUUGCUUUCUGGUCCCUGGUCAAAAACCCACUCCUCUGCAAGAAGCGCUUUCCUGCAGCCAGCAAUUACUCAACCACCAAUGUUACCAAACGUACGCACUCUGAAUUCCAAACAGUUCACUUCAGUAACACAAGGCUUUGUUAGUGGCAAGGAAGCUGCAUGUUCUGCCCCACUUUUACCGGCUGUCCUUCCUUGUAGUAAAUCCCAGGGAAGCCUGCAAAUCUCUCCGAAUCCUUUUGCUGUUGUGAUAGAUAACCAGCCAUCAAGCAUAAACCCUUUCACAGGUAAAACAUCUUUUAACCCUUUCAGGUCUGCUACUCAAGAGUUUCCUGCUGCCCAGGGCUGCAACCCCUUUAUUACCACGACUAUGUCAACAAUCUCUGGGUUUAACGAAAACAAAGCUGUAUUUUCCAUAGAUCCUUUUCCAGAGGAUGUCACAUUCGAGACAACAAAAGCAAAGCCCUGGGUAACAUUUGAUGAUGACUGUGGCAUCAGUUUGAGUAGAGUAGGUACAACUUUUGCAUCUGAGUGUCAUGGGAGCUUGAAUACAAGUCCUAUAGAUGCACAGAAGCUGUUCCCUGAUACAGGUUUCAGCCAUAGCAAUGACUGGAACACAAGCUACUCUGCUACCCUCCCAGCACAUAGACCACUUGUGUCUCCCCCGCAACCUAAUAAUGUAGACCCACAGGUGGUGAAGAAAGCUAAUUGUCCAUUCCAAAAGGAUUUUACAGAAAAUUAGAAAUGAGUGAUUUUGUUUAUUUACCUACUGAAAACUAGAUGUUAUUGUUAAAAAAGAAAAAAGUAAUAAUAAUUAAAAAAAAACUUGUGCAAUAUUUGGUUGUAACCAUACUCAAAUACUUACUUGGAUGUACUGUUUCUCUACCACUGCUUAAUAUUCAUGAGGUUAUGCCAGCUUAUUUAUAUUUGUUUAAAUAGUAUGAAUGUUUGUUUAAGUUUUAUUUUUUUAUUUUGUGCUUCUUGUUACCGUGAUGGCAGUCAGUGCUUUAAAAGCGCAUUGUACUGCAUUUCAUCAUUAUUAAAAAUAACCAGUUAUAAUGCCAGUGUGCUUUUCACAGAUUAUCAGUCUCUCUGUGUGUUUAAAUGAGUGUAGGAGAUAAUCAAUGUACUCUGUAUGAUAUUCCAAGAAUAAAUAUUUGCACUGAAACCUUGAAUCAUUGGAAAGGCUGCUUAAUAUGUGCUUAAGCAGAAUUGAAAAUUCAGUUCAGUAGUUUUUUUAAAUUGAUGUUUCAAGUGGCAUUUUGACGUGUGACUCUGCCUUUUGUACAGCUGGGUGAAAUCAACAGCUAUUAGCAAAGCAGUGUAAUACUGCUGCUUAUUCUAAGAAUGUCAAGUGCUAAUCCUCUGCGUGCAUACCGACAGUAAAGGCAAACUGUGCGGGAAGGUGUUCUCUGUGCUGUUCAAGUAAUCUUGCUUUAAACUUUUAAUUUUAUAUCAUGCAAUGUUCUGAUUAUUUUAAGAUUGUAUCCAUUUGACAUAUGACAUGUACUGUGCUGUUGUAGAAAGUACUGUUCUGUGGUAAGUUCAUUUCCCUGUGUUUAUUACUACAAGAAAUGAAACUCAGAUAUUCAAAGCAGAAUGCACCAUUUUAACUGUUUCCUGAGUGGCAUUCCUAAAUGUAGGCAACUGACAAAGAUGUGUUCAAAUAAAUAUAAUGAUAACAAUAAUAAUAAACACAAGUUUGGGUUUCCGUGUCUGUUAUUCAAUAAUAAAACAUUUAAUUUUUGCAAUAUAACGUUUCUGAAAUACAGUGGUAUACAAUCACACUAGCAGCAAAGCAUGCCUGCUUUAUUGACUCUGAUUCUACAUAUUAUUUAUGCUGCCAAGGUAAAGAGAGGCACUUGAUUGUAGAAUCAGUGUAUUCAGAAGCUAAUCAGUGAUUACAGAUUCGUGUGUUCAAAUGUUACCAAAAGUAUUUUUAUAGUUAAAUCCCUCAGUUUUUACCUUUUGUGAAAUUGGUGCCCCUUUACUACUGAAAACAAAUAGUAACACUGGUAAUGUUGUGGACCAUGUUUUGUCGUAUCUAUCUGUAUAUCUAUCGCAAGCAUGAUUCAUGUUAUGGUAUUUGUUUAAAAUCCCACUAUAAACUGUAUUGGUGUGCAUAGUAAAUUGCACAUACUGUAUGUGAGGUAUUUGAUGUUGUCUUUAUGCAAUAAUAAACUCGUGAACAAUA